AAAUGGCGUUUGUUGUUGUUUACUCUGCAAUGCAAAUGACAUGCCUGACCUCUGGCAUGACUCACUGUGUCAAUCAAUAUAACAGGCGCAAUUCGUGAACUUCACCUACAGAUGGCGAAAGAGAGAAAGGUGAACAUACUGUUACCAUGAUGCCAAUAUCAUGUGUCCCUCAUUGCUAAUCACAGAAGUGUCAAAGAUAUGGAGAUAUGCGCACUUUAAAGGCUCGGCGGAAGAAUAAUUUUGUAAUUUUAUUGUAAAGAGAAUGUCUUGCUUGAAUGGGAUGUGAGACGACAUAGAGAAUGAAGCCCCAUCUAAGUUUUAUGUCUCUUCUCGCAGUUUUGACUGAAGUGUUGAUGAAGUCUGGAGAUGCUAAUGUUGGAACAGAAAGUGGAGAGGUGGAGAUCAGAUGUCCAUAUCCAGAUACACACAUUUAUAAACCCAAGUACUUCUGUCGUGAACCCUGUAGAAAUGUUUUGAUUAAAGCUGAAAAAACUGAUCAGGUCUUCACAACUGGAAGAUACUCUUUGUAUGAUGAUGUGAAUGGACGGUUCUUUACUGUAACCAUCAGAAAGCUCAAACUCACAGACUCUGGUGUUUAUUACUGUGGACUUGAUCAAUGGUUUUUUGACACACUGACGAAAGUUCAUCUGUCUGUCACUCUAGCAGCUCCUGUGAGCAGACCUUUACACACCACUGAAAACACCUUUAUAACAUCUAACACUCAUACAACAACACUCACAUCUACAGAUUCAGAUAAGCAGUCCUCAUUAACAACCCAGACAACCAAACGUACAUCAAAUGUUGAAGAAACCCUUGGCAGCUUGGCUGUGGUUUGUGCAGUUGUUCUUGCGCUGGUGGUGUUUUGUGUUGUUGUGGCCUUAGCCUAUCUCUGCAGGAAAAGAUCAGAUUUGAAGUCUAGAUGUUUGCAGCCUCCAGUCACUGAAAUUCUAGCUUUACCAGAUCCCAACCAGACUGCAGAGGGUGUCUAUCACAUCUAUGCUGAAACGGUGACAGACAAGUCACCUGUAAUAUAUUCCACUGUGCAGCUUUGUGAUCCUGCAGCUCAGGAUGAUGCAAACACUCUGUAUUCACUCAUCACACCACACACAGUAUAAAUAACAAUUCUCUCUAAGCGGACACACUUGAAUGUCUAUGGUAUUGUUUAUGAUCUGUGUGGUCAAUGUGCUAAAACUGACAAGACUGGCAGCAAACAUCCUGCUGAAGGCACGUGGGUCAGGUUGUGAAACAGAGAUGUUAUUCUGUUAAAUUAAUUUUGCGCCUUUCUUCGUGUAAAGUACAGCAUGCUCUUUCUGUCAUGAUUCAACCAUCAACCACGCAUCAUGGACUUUAAUUUAACCUUCAAUAAACUCAAAGUUAAGACAAAGACUUUGCAUUGCAAUCUUCAUCUGCACUCAACUUGCUUUAUCGUUCAAAAACAACCCUGCUUUCCACUACUUCCUGUCUGCUGUCUCACUUUCAGUUUAUCAAUGUAAAAUUGUUUUUUUGUUUGACUUAUUUCAAGAUAAGAUCCUAUUUUAUGACCAAUU